AAACAAUAUACAUGUAGGUCGGAGAGACGAGAAGAUAUAUCGGUGGUGGAAGAAAUGACACCUGGAAUCUAAAUUCUAUUGCUCGGUAAUAUCCAAAAUCCAAUCCAAAUCUAUUCACUCUAGUUUCUUCCCCCAACGCGAAGUUCUUGUUCGGGGUGGUUCAACUCCAAAACAACAAUGGCCAUCUUCUCUGCGACGCUAGGCCCUUUCGGUGCCAUCUCCUUCCUCUCAUCUUCACAAUCACAACCACUCGACUCUUCUUAUUCUAUCCUCAACCAAUUCAAUUCCCUAAAAUACCCCCGCAAGUUCCCACUUUGCCACUGGCAUCGACAUUAUAAUCAUCACACUUCUAAAAUCUCCGUCUCUAGUAACAGUGAUACUCAAAUUGAUGAAGUCGAAACUAGUCUUCUUCCACGCCCUUAUGCUCCUAACUCAAUGGAGGCUCUUCGCGAUGCUCGGAGAUCGUCAGAUUGGAAGUCUGCAACCGCAUACAGAGAUAGUAAACUCGUUUACAAUGGUAGGGUUGAGGGUUUUAAUUCUGGAGGCCUGCGUGUUCGGUUUUACUCUAUCAUGGGGUUUCUCCCAUUCCCACAGUUGAGCACAGUCUAUUAUUGUAAAGAACCAAAUAAACCUAUUCAAGAUAUUGCGAAAGAAAUGAUUGGAUCCAUCUUAUCAGUAACGGUCAUUAAAGUAGAUGAGGAGAACAAGAAAUUGAUCUUAUCUGAAAAGGAAGCUACCUGGUCUAAAUAUUCAAAAUAUGUCAACAUAGGGGACAUUUUUGAAGCAAGAAUUGGUUCUGUUGAGGACUAUGGUGCUUUUGCUUAUCUGCGCUUCCCUGACGGUCUUUAUCACCUUUCCGGGUUAAUACAUAUCUCAGAAGUGGCAUGGGAUCUAAUUCAAGAUGUAAGAGAUUUCUUAAGAGAAGGCGAAGAAGUGAAGGUCAAAGUUAUUGGUAUUGAUAGUGUAAAAUCGAGGCUUUCACUUUCACUUAAACAGCUAGAAGAAGAUCCACUUCUAGAAACUCUGGACAAAGUAAUACCACAGAAUGGUUUAGCUGUUUCUGGUUCUUUCAGCGGUAAUAGCAGUCGCAUUGAUCCCCUACCAGGGCUUGAUACAAUUCUUGAGGAGCUACUGCAGGAAGAUGGCAUAUUAGAUGCAAGAAUCAGCCGUCAGGGGUUUGAAAAACGAGUGGUCUCACAAGACUUGCAGCUUUGGCUUUCUAAUGCACCUCCCUUGGACCAAAGGUUUACUCUCCUUGCUCGAGCUGGAAGACAGGUGCAGGAGAUACUUCUGAAAACAUCACUUGAUCAGGAAGGCAUAAAAAGGGCAAUACAACAAGUAUUGGAGCGUGUUCCCUGAGUCUCAUUCACUUCACUCCCAAUAUUAAUCACAACCUUUUUGCACAGCUUUCACAUUUGUUUCAAAGUUUCAGAUAGACAAAAUAUUACAGUUGUUGCAUUAUUCUUAUGAUGAUGUAGUAAUGUAUUUUUACACCCGUAAAAUGCCAAGUCGUGUUUCAUUUAACCAACUCCCAAAAUAUUCCAUUGUAAUAACACUCCGUAUGGUAAGAACAACAUUAUUAGCUUAUACAACAUUAUCAACUUAUUAUUUUA